AUGAAUGAAAGUGAAGAUAUUGAAGCAUAUAUGGUUAGAGUCAAUGAAGUUGUAAAUGCUAUCAGAGGUCUAGGUCAUACAUUGAGUGACUCCGAGAUUUUUCAGAAGAUACUCAGAUCACUUCUUCCCAAAGAUGACUCCAGGGUAUUAGUUAUUGAAGAUCAUGAUGAUAUAGACAACUUGACAUUAGAUGUUUUGCAAGGAAAGUUGAAGGCCUAUGAGAUGAGAACUGGGAAAAGAAAAGGCAAAUCAAAAGACAAAGAGAUUGCUUUUAAAGUAAUGAAGAAUCUAAAAAUUGAAGAAAAUUCUGAUAUUGAGUUGGAUAGUGAUGAUGAGGCUGAAUCAAACUUUGUUAGAAAGCUCACCAGAGGAAAAGGUAAGUAUCAAGGUAAGCUUCCAUUCAAGUGCUUCAGAUGUGGUGAUAUUGGUCACUAUGCUACCUCGUGUCCUCAAAAGAAGAAAUUCAGAGGCAAUGAUGAUGAAGACAACAACAACAAAGAAAAAUGCAAAGGGAAGAAAAAGCAGUUCACUAAGAGAAGAUUCCCCAAGAAGAAGGUUUUUAUCUCCAAGGAGAGUGAUGACUCCUCAUCUGAUUCAGAGAUUGAUGAAGAUUCAGACAGUGGUAUCAAGACAGAGGAAGUGGAAGCUAUAGUGGAUCUUGAGGAAGAGUUGGAAGAGGCUCUUGAGAAGCUUGAUAUUGAGAAGAAAAAGAAUAAGAAGCUGGUCAAGGUCUGUAUGAAACAAGAAAAAGAACUGGAGAGUUUGAAAGAUAGCCAGACCACUUUGAAUGAUCUUGAGACUCAACUUGCAUUCAAGGUUACUCACUGCAAAAAGCUUGCUCAAGAAAAUGAGGUUCUUCAAAGCCAAAUCAAAGAGUAUGAAGACAAAAUCAGCAACUAUGAGUUGAUGUGGGUUGAACUUAAUGAGUUGAAACAGAAAGUAAGAAAAUUUGAUGAGAAUGGAGUAUCUCAAGAAAUUCAGCUCACUCAAUCUCAACCAAACAAGUCAAGUCAGAUUCUUGAGAAGAUCAUCAAUAAUCAGAGACCAGCUAGCAUGAAAUCAGGUUUAGGAGCUCAAGACAAGGCUGUUCAAUGGAUCCUUGAUAGUGGUUGUUCAAGUCACAUGACUAGUGAUAAGAACAAGUUUGCUGAGCUCAAUCAAUAUCUCUAA